AUGCUCGACUGCCUCAGUGGUAUCGAACGUAUCCCUACAGAACUCCUACGCAACAUCUUCCGCUAUUGCGUUGACGACGACGAAGGGUUCCCCCGCGAAAAAAUGUUCAAACGCCGACGUGUUCCGGUCACCAACGAUGAUCAGACCGGGUCCCGCGAGGUCAUACUCAGGCGAAAGAUUCGACCGUGGUCAUUCGCCACUAUUGCACUUGUCUGCAAGCGUUGGCGUUUUGUUGCGCUCGACCACCCUCGAUUGUGGGCGACGGUGACUCCAAAUGCAUCCGACCGCAUCAUGGAAGCCUGCAUUGAACACAGUCAAAAGAUGUGCCUUGACUGCUCACUUGAUCUAGCAUGUCGUCCUCGUUCACUAGAGUCCCUCGCGACUCUCGUUUCUGCCAUUGGACGAAUCCAGCGUCUCCGUUUCUUGACCACCAGGCCCAGAAUGCCGUAUUUACAUAAGGAGGGCCUCUCUACGUCCAGGCUAUACACCUUUGUUCAAGACCAUCUCUGCUCUCAGGGCGCUCCGGAGCUAAAAUCUCUGGAGAUUGUUGUCGUUGAACCUGAAUGGGACGAAUUAGGUUGGGCUAAGGGUGCGGAACAGAAGCCAAUGCCCCUUCCCGUGAAAUUGUUUGCUGGUCGGGCGCCCAAACUGGAAUCAAUCUGUGUCGAGCUCCCCUUCUACAUCCCCUCAUCCUCUCCCUUGUGGAGUAACCCGAGCUCUGUAUGUCUUCACUGCUUCUCUUGGGGUCAGCUCGCAAACGUGCUGUGCAAGACUCCCAAUCUGAGCACCCUCCGAGUCGACCUCGGUAUGGUCCUUGACGACGAUUUAGUCCCUGCAGAGGCUGUAUCUGCUUCAUCACUGCCUCUUUUACCGAAUCUCUUCGACAUCCAUUUUCAUCGGGCAACUUUUCGGGAAGUCUGGACUGUUUUGGCCUGCACGCCGAAUAUUGAGCGACUGACCAUACAGUUCGCGGAAGAUAACGAGACGGAUGGCGAAGACCUGCCUAAGAUUUUUCUUCCACAAUUAAAGUUUGUAUCACUGAAGAACGUGGAGAUGCAGGAUCUACCUGUAUGUCUCCCUCCUGUCCCCUGGCUCCAUGCCACUGCGCUGUCUACUCUCGACCUCAACUUCGACCUUCUGGACAGCGUAAUCCCGAAGGGAUUCCUCGAGUGGCUUCGCGACGCCAUCAGGGCCGGAUUUUCCAGUGAUAGUAUGGAGUUCCUGUCAUUGGACUUUAGUCGAGACGGUGUCAUUGAUGUCAUCGCCAAACGACCCUCGCGUUAUCAUUGCAAUAUACUCCGAGAGGGUGAUGUUCAACAGGUCGAUUACCAUCUUCACUUGGUGAUCCAGUUCAACCUUCCUAAGAUCGAUGCCCCACGGGAGAGUGCCCUCGUAACAAUUCUCGAGAGCCUUUUCUUUCCUUCUGAGACAAUAGUUCAAUCGCUUGAACUCAUAUCUCGUCCGACAGCCGUGUCACCUUGGUUUCAAUCAUACACCAGCGCCAUCUCUCUCCGUGGCCUUUUGUUGCGAUUUCCGAACAUCAAAGUGUUGGCGGUCGACAUCGGAGAUCUAUACCCACUCUUUGAUGCGUUGCAUAUUGUGGAUUGUGAUACCCAUUACCCUGUCCCACUACUGCAAAAGAUCGUCUUUCGCUCGUAUGUAAACAAUUCUGCCCGGGUUUCACGUCUCAUGAACCGACACAAUACUGCUGGUGGUCCCCUCCGCAGACUUAUGGACCUUUUAGCUAGUAGGACCAUUACAGCACACCCACUUCAAUAUGUCGCGUUCACUCACCCGGAUAUAUUCGGUAUCCUCGAGCUGCCGACUGUAGAGAUUGCUAACGUCAGGUUGUCAAGAUCAACAUACGUACCGGUUGACACCGGAGCCUCUGUAGACAUAGACGAUGGGGAUGACGAACACGCUGAGGACGAUGAAUACGCUGAGGAUGAUGGGGACGCUGGGGAUGACGGGGAAGCUGAGGAUGACGGGGACGAUGAGGACAAUGGGGACGUUGGGGAUGACAGGACGGCUUGGGAGGUGGUCGAACAUGAUGGCUGGUGA